AGCGUGGUAUCAUUGGAAUUAAGUUUAAAAGUCUAACACAAAAUUUCAUCACUCCGAGAAUCUUGAAGAAAGAAGGCGAGAAAGGUGGGGCGAAGAGACAGGACAUUGGACAAGCUGUCAAGAGCUUGAAGUCGCGCGACGGUCGCGCGACUCGCCCGUGAUUGGCGCGCGCCUCGCGGACGCGCCAAUCAGGGCCCGCUUUCGAACGCGGCUUCGCGUUUUUCGGCGCGUGCCACAGCGGUUCGACGCGAGACGUGUUUCAAAGUUUAAAAUGUGAGACUCGCGAGACGGCACUAGAUUCCGCCUCGUCGGCAAUCGUUGACGAGUGGAGAGUUGGCAAGUCGCGCGCGAUGCGGGCGUCGAGAGGCUACGCGUACUACCUGAAGACCAGCGGUAUCUGCGUCGUCGCGCUCGGAAGCUGCUGGUUCCUGUAUCAGCUGCGGCAGAUAUCGCAGAUCGUGCGCUCGGCUUUCAACACGAGCGUGCUAAACUUGGAGCAGACCCGCGCGCAGUACAUCUACGUCGACGAUCCUCAGUUCAAAGACAUCUUCAUGUUCAGGAAGGACGAGGAUCUGCAUGGACCACCUGCGUCGGAGAGGUCGAGUGGCCUCAGCGACACCCUGGCCAGAUGGUGGGAGAUGAAGAAUCACACGCUCGCCUAUAAGUUGCUGUAUAUGGCGCAACAUGGGGACAGAAACGAGCGAUAUAAAGCCGUGACUGUGCUUGGUUCUCUUUCGCAUUUAAAGGAUUGGCAGUAUUGCCACUUGGCGCAGAUGAUGGAUGCUAAAACAGCGGUGGCUCUCGCGAGAAUGCCAAAUAUUAAUUUGCUGUUCUUUUUACAACCACCGUAUUAUCACGUGCAAUACAGUUUAAGUGACAUACUAGAAAAGGUGCAUUCGCUGCUGUUGAGUCUGAACUCUCUAUGCGGCAACACGCAUCUCUGCCUCACGCAAUUCCUCAGUAAAAUGUUCAAGGAUUCGCAUCGAUAUCUUGUAGAAUGGUUCGAUCACGACCUGACAAGCGUGGGUCUUUCUAUGAAUACGACGACAGUUCGGGAUGACGAGUUGCUCAAGAGCUGCGUUCGUGCAAUCUGCCAUCAUUCCUCCGUGGAACAGUACAGCAAACACUUGAUCAAUGCCGGAGCCUUGCCGAUAUUGACAGCGAUACAGAAAGUUUUCAGCGACGACGUAGAAAUAUGCAUACUGCUCGCGAGGAUAUUGUCCAACAUGUCCCUUCAUUCCGAAUACCUGGAGACUAUCUACGAAUCCGGAUGGAUUGGCAUAUUGUCGCGUUGGUCCCACAGCGACGACAUUCGUCUGUCGUCACAGGCGAUCAGCGCGUUGGUGAAUCUGGAUACCGAGAGGAAUGAGAGAGCAAAGUAUUCGCAGAGCGUUUAUCUUCUUCAUCCUCUGCACAGAGUUCACCCGGCAACGAAGAUGGACGUUGUGUUUCUGCAUGGAUUGCUGGGCGGAGUUUUCGUUACCUGGAGGCAGCGCGACGUCGACACGUCUGCACUUGGAGUUGUAGACGAUAGUGCACUAGUCGAGAGUACAGACUACUUGUCUACUAUGGUCGACGACGAUCGUCCUCAGGAAUUCUUUAAGGACUUGGCCCGCGAUCUGCAUUUGCGCGAGUGGAGGAAGAUAGGCCAGGACUUUGAGGUGGUGCUGGACGAUUGUCCGCAAAACACGAAUGCUCGCGCGUGCGGACCUUAUUUUUGCAGAGGGUAGAUGUUCGUGUAUUUAACACCUUUAUACAGGGUGGACCAUUUUAACCUUUAAUGGAGAAUAACUCGACCGGUAAGCGAAAUAAUAAAAAAUGUUUCAGACAAAAGUU